AUGCAUAUCCUUAUUAUUGGAGCAGGUCUUGGGGGUCUCACGCUCGCCCAAACGCUGCGAAAGCAGGGUAUUUCGUACGAAGUCUUCGAGCGCGAUGAAGACGAGAAUGGUCGAUUCCAGGGGUGGGCAAUCGCGCUUCACACUAUUGUCGAGGAGUUCUUGUCCGCGCUUCCACCUGAUAUGCCAGACCUGCGAGAAUCGACCAACCAUCUUGCUCCCCUCGAUCUGCGCCACCAAUUCGCAUACUACUAUGGCGGGAGAGAAGGAUGCUUUGGAUUGGAGGAUUCCCCCGAUCAACCGUUCAUCCGAGCUGAGCGAUCACGCCUCCGCAAAUGGCUCUUGACCAAUAUCCCUGUUCAAUGGAGCAAAAGCUUGACGGAUAUUGAGCAAGACGACGAGGGAGUAACUGUGCGUUUCAAAGACGGGUCUAGCGCUCGAGGCGACAUCGUAGUAGGCGCUGAUGGUGUGCACAGUCCUACUCGGCAGCACCUACUCAAAAGGCCGAGUAGCGAUCUUCUGCACGUUGUGCCACUUAUGGCGAUUGUAGGCGAAUUAGAUUUGACGGGAGAUGCCUUCAAACGCCAGCUCGAGUUGGGCCAUUGCGCAUACAAUCUCAUCAACCCGGAAUUGGGCUUCAUCGGUUUUGUCGGCGUCCACUACGUGUUUCCCGACGGACAGGGUGGCCGCUUAUACUGGAUGUUCAUGCAGCCGGAUACGGCAGACAUCGAGAUCACGGAUGCCACACAUUGGCUGCAGACGUCAAGUGCGCAGGAAAAACUUGAUCACGUCAGGAAAACGGCUGCCGGGCUUCCUCCCAGUCUCCGGGAGGUAUUCGAGCUGACGCCUGUAGAAGGAGUGAGGAAAGAACCGCACAUUUGGCGCGACCUCGAACUCGAAUCCUUGCCUACCGGCCGCGUAGCUCUACUGGGAGAUGCAGCGCACGCAAUGACUCCUUCCCGAGGCGAAGGUGCAUUCCAAGCCUUUAUCGACGCCAUGAAGCUGUCCAGGAUGCUGGCAGAACUUCGGACGGAAGACAAGUUCAAGGAUAUCAACGCAGUGAAAGCCGGCGUUGCGGAGUAUCAUGACGAGAUGCUGCAGCGGGGUACGGCGGCGGUGCGGCGGUCCAGAAGCUCGUAUCAGGAUGCGAAGAAGCGAUCUGAGACCGGCGAGCACUUCACAUCUGGCAUGAAGCGGCUCGCGAUCGAACCCGUGGUGCUUGCCGCCACUGGAUGAUAGCAUAGUCAUUUUUGUUCUCAUCGGGCCGAUUUCGCGCGAGAACAAUGGUCAGUGAAAAGCAAUAAAAUACUUUCCAAGGUUCCUUGCUGAGAACUUGCGCGCUAUGCAGAAGGUUCGCCGAACUGGCGGACGUUUUCCCUUGCGAGCCAAAUGUGCAGAUUCGCGACAGGUGCCCUGCAGGCGUAUGCUUUCUGUCCAGGGCUCACCGAGACUUGGUUGCGAGAGAACGAGGUAGGUCCGCGAUCGUCGCGUGAGCUUCCCCAUUCAUACGUCAUUGCGGCUGGCAUGGGGCUGAUAGGAAGGCGGACGCACCCGUGCGAAGCGAAGAGUUACAUUUUGUACCGCCCGGCUCUUGGUAAUCACUGUCGGUACGAGGUUUACGAGUCUGUGCACACGCCUGGGCUCUUUGAGUGACAACAAGGUUUCUGACACUAACG